AUGGAGUAUUUACGUCCUGGAUUUGACCCAUCUUCAGUCACAGUGGCCAAACUAAGAAAUAUAUUGAAUUCGCACAAUGUUACCUUUCCAAGCUCAGCUAAGAAAUCAGAAUUGAUUGAAAUCUUUGAAAAGGAGAUUAUCCCCAAUGCACCACAAUUACUUGCUGAGUACACCGCAAGAAUUGGCAAUUCUCACGACGAAGGUUUCUUGAACGCUACUGAUAAUGACGAAGAAGCAAGCGAGAAAGAAGAUAAGUUGACACCGAAAAGGGAGAGGAAAAAAAUACAAGAUACCGCUGAAUCUACUCCUGAAAAAUCCAAAAUCAAAACCGAGCAUGCAAAAGUAGCAAAACCAAAAUCGAAGAAAGAGACUAAAAGAAAGGAUGAUGAAGGGUCCACAAGGAAAAAGACAAAAGAUGGCAAGAGAUUACAGAAAGCUGACUCAAAGCAACAUAAGUCUGGUGGAUCAAAUGUGGAGGAGACGAAGCACAAUUCAGCUAAAGAAGAGCCAGAAUCGGAAAUUGAAAACUCAGAGUUUGAUGCUACAGAAAAUUUAAGCUCUUUUAGUGAUCAGAAUGUUUUCCAAUCGAGCAAAGAGACAUCCAAACCAUCAAGAAAGAGAAAAUUGGAAAGCAACAAUGAGUCAAAUGUACCUACAAAAAAAUUGAAAUCUCCACCAGCUACCAAUAGAACUCGCAUUACCAAAUCUCCGAGCAAGUCAAUAUUUGAUGAUAGCGACUCUGACAUAUUUGACCGUACUGCGGUGGGCAACGUUGAUGAUAAGAAAUAUAACAAGUCCCUUGUGAAGGAGGAGGUAGCUGACACAAAAACCCCCAAAACCGUGUCAACAAAAAAGACAAAAUCAUUGUCUCCUUCAACGAAUGAAAAGUCUUUCAAGUCAUUGGAAGAAGAGAUGGCUAAUUUUGAUAAGCAAUUGGAAUUGGUUAAACAAAGACACGUUUCUGACAUUCCGGUAGAGAAGGAGGUAGAUGUGAAACCUUUUUCCCAAACUCCUCAAUCACCCAACAUAAGUAAUGAAUUGGCACAGCUGUUGGGCAUCACAAUUCAAGGAUUUCAACCACCGGUCGUUCCCUCACAAGUACAACAUUUUAAUCAAAGUGGUCAAAUUGACCCGGUAGCACCAUUAAACAAUCUUGGAAAUGAAUCAUUGAAUUCACAUAGUGAUCAAUUCAAUGAAAGAGCACAUUCAGAUGCCAACAGGUCGAGCUCAACGAUUAGAAACUUUACUCCACAAAAAGCUGCAUUGAUUGAUGACCAAAAAGAACAUGUUCUGGAGGAAAUCACCACACCAAAGUCAUCCUCGCGCAAGAAGAAAAAGAGAGGUGGGGAGACACCAAGUGAAUAUCUGACCCCAAGAUCGAAGGAAACACCAAGAUCGAAGGAAACCCCGAAAUCCAGUCAAUCAUCACGGGGAAACAAAACACCUGCCACAGGAAGAAAGAAUCUAAGGGGAAUAAGAACACCUCUUGGUAGGGUUGCAUUAACACCAAAGCCUAGAUUGUUGUCGAUAAAUUCAACUCAAAAUGUUCUGGACUCUGAAGAAGAAGAGGAGAUAAAAGAAGUGAAUGAAAAAAUUAAACAAUAUAAUGAUAGCAAACACGAUGCUUUGGACAAUUUAGCUGCUAAUACUGAGAGCAUGCUCCUGACCACUACUGUUAUCACAUUCUUCACUUGGAUUGUUGCCAUGUUUUUUGGGUUAUUCGGGUACUGGUACUAUGAGCAAAAAUAUUUAGUUGGUUAUUGCGGCCAAGAAAUUGACCAGCCCACUUUUGGAGAUUCAUCAGUGGUAUUGGUGCAACAACUUGGAAAUGCUCUCGACACCUAUUGCAAGCCCAGUUGUGUGCCUUGUCCACAGCAUGCUAGAUGCUUUACCAAUUUAGAAUUGGGUUGUUUUGAAGAUUUCAUGGAGUACAAGCCUUGGUACGAUUUUAUUUUACCAGGCCACAAGAAAUGUGUACCCGAUGCGAAAAAGGCGGAAAAAUUGGAGCUCAUGAUUGAUGCUGCUCUUGAUGUAUUGCGUAGCAAAAAUGCAGCUAUUGACUGUGGUAGAGGCACAGACGAUUCUCAAAGUGGUAUCUCGGUGCAAGAGUUGCACGAUGUUUUACUCUCAAUGAAGGCACCCUAUAUCACUACCGAAGAAUUUGAGGAACUCUGGUCAAGAUCACUUGUUGAAUUGCAAAAAGAACCCGAUAUAAUUCUAAGGCAAUUCCGACUUGCUGAUUUACCAUCAAGACAAUAUCCACCUUACACUAACAACACGGAAACCAAGAUACAAGACAAGGUCGAAAUUCUUCGAUCAACGUCCUUAUCAAACAUUAGUUUGAAAUGUCAAAUACAAAACAGUAUUGUGGGUAGCAUUUCCCGUUACAAGUAUUGGUUAUUAACUCUACUUUUAGCGAUUUUAUCAUUCAAAGCAAUACAAUUGAGAUUUAGACGAUACCAAUUGGAGAAAGUCAAGAUUGAUAUUUUGUAUCAAGAAGUUUUGGACAAGUUGGUCAAUCAGGUGAGGGUUUCACGAGACAAUUCAAAUAUAAAUAGAUACAUUGGGGCUAACCAGUUAAGAGAUUUGAUAUUAAGUAGUGAGGAUGAUUUGAGUGAACGUGUUCGGUUGUGGAAUUUUGUUGGACAAAAGAUUGAACAUAAUACCAAUGUUACCAGCAAGAUUAUUGAAAACCAUGGCGAGAUAAUGAAGGUUUGGGAAUGGAUUGGUGAUGAGAGGUAG